GGCCCGCUGGCUCACUGUCUGUCUCUCUUUUGACUGCUUGCCCUUUGAUUCUUCCUGCCAAGUUUUAGCAAAGCAUAUCAAUUGUCUACAAUGUCUCUUCGGAUCUCUACUGCAUCCAGGAGAAUUUCUUCGCAUCUCGGGGGAGAUGGAGGUGUCAAAAUGGCGAGCUUUGGAGGAGGCAGUCUGCAUGGCUUUGGUGGGGGAUCUGCAGCAGGACUAGGCUAUGGAGGAGGGCUAGGCUUUGCAGGAGGUGCAGGGGGUGGCUACUGUGGAGCCGGCUUUGGUAGUGCCUCCUUGUCCGGUGGCAACUAUGGAGGAGGCUACCGGUCGAGCUCGGUUGUGGCUUUGGGGGGUGGUGUUGGAGGGGGCGAGAGUGUCCUCCUGGCUGGUGCUGAAAAGGAAACUAUGCAGAACCUCAAUAACCGCCUAGCAAACUACUUAGAAAAGGUGCGUUCUCUGGAGGAGGCCAAUGCUGAACUUGAGCGAAAAAUUCGCAACUGGUACGAGAAAAACGGACCUGGGGCGCCUGGAGUUACCCGUGAUUACAGCAAAUAUCACCACAUAAUUGAAGAUCUUCGGAACCAGAUCAUCAAUGUGACAACUGAAAAUGCCAAUGUAGUUUUGCAGAUUGACAAUGCCCGCCUGGCUGCUGAUGACUUUAGACUGAAAUUUGAAAAUGAGCUCUUCCUUCGCCAGAGUGUUGAAGCUGAUAUCAAUGGCCUGAGGAGAGUUCUUGAUGAUUUGACCAUGAACAGAUCUGACCUGGAGUCACAGCUUGAAAGUCUUUCAGAGGAACUGGCUUACCUGAAGAAGAAUCAUGAGGAGGAAAUUAACUUACUGAAGAGCAGUUGUACCGGUGAUGUGACUGUGGAAAUGAACGCCGCUCCAGGAAUCGACUUAACUAAGUUACUGAACGACAUGAGAGCGCAGUACGAAGACCUUGCAGAACAAAAUCGCCAAGAGGCUGAAGAACAGUUUAACAAAAUGAGUCAACCACUGCAGCAACAGAUCUACGAUGAUGCUGGAGCUGCAAACUCGGCCAGGAAUGAGUUAAUGGAGCUGAAACGCUCCUUCCAAGCACUGGAAAUCGAGUUGCAAUCCCUCAUUGCUAAGAAAGCCUCGCUGGAAGGUACUCUCAUGGAAACAGAAGCAAGCUACAGCUCUCAGCUUUCCCAGCUCCAACAGCAAGUCAGCAGCCUGGAGGAUCAGCUGCAGCAGAUCAGGGCUGAAACAGAGUGCCAAAAUUCAGAGUAUCAGCAACUCCUCGGCAUCAAGACCCGCCUGGAAAUGGAAAUAGAAACAUACAGGCGCCUGCUGGAUGGAGAAAGUUUCCGAUCUUCAUACGAAACUAAACACGUCAGAGAACCAACAAAAACCAGGGUAGUUAAGACCAUUGUGGAAGAGAUGGUGGAUGGCAAAGUAGUCUCUUCUCAAGUGAAAUCCAUUGAAGAAAGGGCAACUAAGUGAGAGGCGUAAAAAAGAAAUUCAGGGGCCUGCCAAUGCAUGCCAGCAAGGUAGAACCCAGAAGACAAUUUCCUGAAACCAGAAUCAAUUGCAGCUUAGUAGUUUCUUGCAAACAAGGAGUCUAAAAAAAUACAAUAUGCUUGUCUUAUCAUUAUUCAGAGGUGUAUUCUUUUUAUGGUAUUGAGAACUAUAUUCUGUUUACUCAUGCAAUACACUAAACUUUCUAAUUUGCAAGGUA